GGUGGGAAGUGCUGCCUCUUGGCCAUAUUGUUGCAGGAAGUAAGAACAGGUAUGGCUAUGAUAGCUUCCCUAAUGGGAGGUAAAAACUCAAUUGAACUUGUUCUCUGUCCUUAGGACAUGGUCUGGGACAUCAGAUAUAAGACUGUCCGAUGGCGCUUUGUGGAAUCUUUAGAGCAACCUCAAGUGGUCCAGAUUCGCUGUUCAAGUCUGGUGAAUCAGAGCAACUUGUACGGCCAGGUCACCGUCCGUAUGCACACCCGCCAGACUCUGGCCAUCUAUGACCGGUUUGGACGGUUGAUGUAUGGACAGGAAGAUGUACCCAAGGAUGUCCUGGAGUAUGUCGUGUUUGAAAAGCACCUGACAAACCCCUAUGGGAGCUGGAGAAUGCAUGGCAAGAUUGUUCCCUCAUGGGCACCCCCUAAGCAGCCUAUCCUAAAGACGGUGAUGAUCCCUGGUCCCCAGCUAAAACCUUGGGAAGACCAUGAAGAAGCGCAAGGAGGGGCCCUUAAGCCUCAGCUAGUCUGAUGGCAAAUACGACUCCUGGGGUAAAGCAUGGGUGAUGAGGCUGCUGGGAGCUGGGAAAUCAUCCAACUCCAUUGUGCUCUAAGAGGAACUACCUUUGUUUUCUCCUGGCCUGCUUGAGUCUUUUCAACAGUCUUAUCCUGAACGACCAUGGCUGAUGGCUGGGCCCAGGUGGGUGGCAGGGAUGCUCAGCCAUGGACCUUCUUCUUUUGAAAUUGUACGUCUAACUUCUGAGUCUAGAUGAAAGACAGUAUGUUUCAGAGAAUAUCUGAUACCAGUUUUUCCCACAGUAGGAACUGAGGGAACAAAACAGCAGCACUCUCUUUCUACUCAUAGGGCAGGGAUCAAAGUUUGAAAUAAAACACUGUCAGAGUGUUGAAAAAGU